UUCCAUUUUUCUUUUCUUCUUCCCCAUCUUUCUCCCACGCCGUUGUCUCCGCUCCCCUGCAUAUUGCUUUACAUCAGAGAGAGAGCGAGAGAGAAAGAGGGGGAAAGAGCGAGAAACACUGUGUGCGGCUAAGACGGUGGCGAUUUUGGGGCUUAGCCGACAGAGUGGCUCAAGAAAGGUGAGAAAUUGGCGAGCCGAGCUGAGUGCUUGAUAAGACACUCGGCUCGCCUAGAAGACGAGCUCGAGCUUGUGAACAGUAUAUACGAGCUCGGCUCUAGUCAUUUGUGAUCAAAAUUGGAGUUGGCCCCCUCUAAUUAGUUAUUAUUCAAAGUCAGCUACCUUUGGUGCAUAUUAGAGACCAUGAUCAACGCACUUGGAGUAUUUCUAAAAUAGCCUAUAAAUGAUAGCCAAAGUUAAACCUGAUCAAACCUGAAAACCAGAGACAGAGAGAGAUGGCAGAAUUGUUCCUUAAUCAGGCGGAGAAUUAUGCAGACGGCCGGCCAAUUUACCCUCAAGAAUUGUUUCAAUUCAUUGCUUCCAAGACACCCUCUCAAGACCUUGCGUGGGAUGCCGGCACCGGAAACGGCCAGGCUGCUCGAUCCUUAGCUGAGAUGUACAAGAAUGUGAUAGCCACAGAUACAAGCCCAAAACAGCUCUCAUUGGCACCGAGGCUACCCAAUAUAAGAUACCAACAAACUCCUCCCACCAUGUCUAUAGCCGAGGUUGAAAGAAAUGUUGCUGCCGAAUCAAGCAUCGAUGUUGUGACUAUUGCUGUGGCCCUCCACUGGUUCGACCUUCCUAAUUUCUAUCAACAAGUGAAAUGGGUGCUCAAAAAACCCCAUGGUGUCAUUGCUGCAUGGACCUACUUCAUCCCACAAGUCAAUGACUCGGUCGACGCAGUCCUCCAUCGCUAUUACAAAACUGUUGAUCCCUAUUUGGAGCCGCCCGUUAAAUUAGUAGAGGACAAGUAUAGAAGCAUCGAUUUUCCAUUUGAGCCGGUGGAUGGAGUUGAUCACACUGGGCCAUUUCAGUUUGAGACUGAAAAAUUGAUGGAUUUGGAUCAUUAUUUCACCUACUUAAGAUCAUGGUCAGGGUAUCAAACGGCGAGGGAGAAGGGUGUGGAGCCUUUGAGCGAUGGUGUUGUUGAGGAAUUUAAGCAUGCUUGGAGUACUGAAGAUGGACAAGACCAGAAGACUGUCAAGUUUCCAAUUUCUUUGAGGAUUGGACGAGUGGGGAAUUUGUAGAAUCAAUGCGUAAGAAAUUCUCUAGGAUAUUAAAGUGUGGCCUAUAUAUGUCACAUGUAUUUAUUGUGGUUUAAAUUCAACAUAAUAAAACACUGCGUUUCCUAAUA